GGUGCGCAAAUCCGGCCAGUGCCUGAAGAACCCCACCAGCUCGGCAUCCCGCAUCAUAUUCGCUUCGUCAAACGUUAUCGUCAGCUCGAAAUGUCUCAACGAGGAACAGCUCUGCAGAGGCUGGAGCGCCUCAUAUAGACGUAAAGGAGGAUCAACAUGGCAAAUCAAAUGGGCGGAUGUGAGCAGUCGGAAAUAGCGGAGACCCUUGCUCGUCAGGAAGAGGGCAACAGUAAUCUCGUGGAGUUGACCCCCCUCCACGGGCGUGUCGACCUGCAGAUCGAUGUGCUCGAACGCGCGCCGUGCCUCUUGUAGCGUGCGUACGGCGUGCUCUGCCGUACAAGCGAGCCCAAGCUUGCGCAGAGCAGGAAAAUUGUCCCGGAGCCGGAAGAGAACGACGUGCAAAUGCUCGUGAUGUCGUUGUUUAUCAACCAGGUUCAGAUACACCGUAUGCAGCCUCAUGUUCCCUGCUAGGGCAGCGAACACGCCCGGAACAGUGAGGAACGAAAGUGCACGACAAUCGUACACCCUCCGUGCAAUGUCGGUGAACGCUUCCACAAGGUCCCCAUCAUUCUCCAGGCGCGUGUAGAGCGCGUCUGCCAAAUCGAGUUUCUCGAGUUUUGGCAAAGCACAUGCGCGCAAGAGCGAGCGCUUCACGUCCUCCGUCGCCGAGAGCUCGCGCAUGCCAUUGAGGUCCCAGUGGUUGAGUCGGAGAGAGAGUAUAGACGGGCUGAAGUAGAACGGUGCUGUUCGGAGCGUUUCGGUUGAUGCGCCUAGAUCGAGGUCGACCAAGCCUGGGAAGAGC